AUGGUACCAGGCUCGUCUUCGGCACUGAAAGCCUCGCGAGGCGUUACUUCGAAAGUACUGGCAUCGCCAGCCAAGCCAGCCUUGUCAGGUGAGACACAUUCGAAGUCGGGCGCUUCUCACUCCGUACAAGGCAAACGUCCUUCAGUGCCAUCCCGGGGAAACGAAAAGGACGGUAAAGUCGACAGACCUAAGGAGACAUCGCCGAAGCAGCCAGCGGUUCCGAUCAAGCCACGAACCAACGAACGUGUCUCUACCACGCAGACGUCCAUGGAAAGCAAACCACCCACGGCCCCUAAGCAUGCUUCACCAGGUAUCCCGUCAGAAUCCCCAGUGGGCCACUCAGAGCCCCAGCAGGCCGACGCCGAUAGCCUGACCACAUUCCCGCCAUUUGCCGUUGGCCCCAGAGACAAAGUCAAAAGAUUCCUCGAAUCGCAAGGACUGGGUGAUCCCAGUGAUACGCCUCCCCAAAGCGCCGUCGACCAGCUGAGAUCACGCCCUCCAACCCCAUGGCCGGGCGCUGGGGCAGACCCGGAAUCUCUUCAUUCAGUUGAUGACGCCCUCCCCCCAGUCCCAUCUCACCAGGUGCCUCGUGUGCCAACGACAGAAGACAAACCCCCAUUACGUAAAUCCACCGCGAGCAAAAAGCCUGGGGAACUUUGCUUGAAAGACCUCAGAAUCUCACAACCCGACAUGCCCUCGCAUCCGUUGCCGUCUCUACCGGCUUCCCGAUUCAACUUUCUGCCUAGCGAGGACGACCUAUCGAUUAUUGAUGAUCCGGGUUUACUGACCCCAAUCACCGAGGUACCAAGCGAGCUUUCCCGGGCGAACUCACCGGUCGACCCGUUGACGGCCAGUUACAGGCCUCGCCCCAUAGUUGAACAGCCUGAUCCUCCAGUCAAGAAACCUCCUGUCCAGAAGCCGGUCGACACGCCAACCCCUCAGCCUGCUACACUAGCAGCCCGUGAAGUGCCCAAGCCGCGUCCACCACCAGCAUCCACGGCGUUGUCUUCCAUCCCAGACAGACCAGGCACCCCACAAGUUACGGUCGGCUUGCCGAAGCCUAAGCAGAAAACGCCCGCCGGCUCAGCGCGACCAGACCUAGCAUCUGCCAAAAAGCUCGAACGGAAACCGAGCAAGCUCAACAUCACGACCACCAGCAGCGCAAUGGAAAGCGACAGUCGACGACAAUCCGAGAAAAUAUCAGAAGCACACUCCGACGAACCGAAACAGCGUCUCUCAUCACCCUUCAACCCGUGCAAGACUGGUAAGCAGGCGUGGGACUUGGAGACAAUUGCCAGUGAAGACAGUUGGUUCCAGGAGAACGAGGAGAGCGAUGGAAGCGUUUCGGGCGAAAGUGGUCCUCGCCGUACGCCACCGGGACCGGUGCGAGCCAGAUUGACGGUCGAGACGGUCGAAUGCACCUUGCAGCCGCCAGCUCAGACCCCGGAUCUAGACCUGGCGCAGUAUGAUGCGACGGGCCAGGCCAGGAGUGAAUUCUUCCCACCCUGGGCGGUGGGAAGUCAGGCCUUAUCGGAGGGAGCCAGAGAUUUGAGGACUUGA